GGGAAAUGUUGAUCGGUUUGACUUUUCGUCCAAGAACCUGGGGGACAUCGCUGGGAUCUGCCUGGGGCACACACCCAAAGAUGGGAAGAAAGUAAAAGGGGAAGUUUUCUGGCAGGUGGAGGAGGUCGUGGUUACUGAGAGGGAACUGGGAAACAAGUACAUCUUUAUCUGCAACGGCCUCAUCCCUCUGUCUCCAAAGAGAGACGACUUCCUGACCUUCGAGUGCACCAAGACCAUCGAGAGUUUUGCCAGUAAAGCCCGCAGCUUGGUGCCCGUAAAAUACGAGAUCAUCGUCAUCACGGGCGACGAAAAAGGAGCGGGAACGGACGCCAACGUCUUCAUCACAAUCUACGGAGUCAACGGAGACUCGGGACGCCGACAGCUACGACAGAAAUUCAGAAAUCUGUUCGAACGAGAGCAGACGGACCGUUUCUUGCUGGAAAUGUUGGACAUGGGGGAGCUGCAGAAAGUCCGGAUGGAUCAGGAUAAUUCCGGUUUGAGUCCCGGAUGGUUGUUGAACCGAGUGGAGGUAACAAAUACAGCCAAUGGCGUCACAACCAUCUUCCUCUGUGGGAAGUGGCUGGAUCUGGAGAGGGCCGACAAGCAGAUCGCCAGGGUGCUCUACCCAAAAUACUAGAAUCAUAUUUAUGUAUUUAUUCAUUCAAACUGCAGAGAGACAUUCCCUCAUGUUUUAAAGGUCUCCUAUUAUACUAUUUGUAUGCA